AUGAUCGACCGGAGCAUCACCAUACACGCCUUCGGGAGCAAGACGGAAUUGGAAAGCGGUGACCCUGCGAGUGGUGCUCUGAGGUUGGAUUUGAUUCAUCAAGGCACUCUGGACGACAUAUUGAGACUUGCUCGCCAGCUGUUUGGCCAACCGGAAGGCUUUGCGGAGAUGAGCCUUCACUUGCCUGUUGAAGGAAUGAAACUUGGGGAGGCGGAUAGCCAGGUAAAUCUUCCUGCAGGAAUGAACUUUUCUGUUGAGCUGACACUAAAUGACCUGCGCUGUAAGCCAAACACGUACAAUUACAGCGUGCGGGCUGAGGAUGCCUUCGGGGUGGGCAAUAUGAGACUCUUCAACGCUGGCGACAUGGGAUACGUGUUCAACAACAACCUGAGCUCGUUGGUUUCGCGCAUGCUAAGCGACAGGCUGAACGCCUUUGUAUCCAGCCUAACCGGGAGCGUGCUCGGGGACGCUGGGCAUGCCGUUCUUGCUACCGUACUCGACAGUGCUGCUGACAAGGACAGUGGUGCCGGCAAACGCUUUUACAUACCCAUGCGAUCGAAAGCGGCGGUCAAUUCGUCCCCCCCCAUCCUGGUGGUUGUGCUCUACGCCGUUGGCGGCGCGCUCGUCACGGUGUGCCUGGUAUGCCUGAACGUCGUGCGGCAUCGCGCGAAACCAGUGGUUCUCAGGGGCACCCUGGAGCCAAUCUCCGUCUUCCGCAUCAUCCUCGAAGAUUUACUGCUGUCCAUUUGCUGCUUUGUGUGCGCCGGUGCAUUCCUAUGGUCGAACCUGACGGCGGCGGCGUGUGUUUCCGUGGGAAGUGAGUUGAAGAUAUAUGGCUUCACGUUAAUGGGCACAGUCAGGGAUAUGUGGGAUGCCGGGCUGAAGCCGCUCGCAGUGCUCGUAUUCGUAUUCAGUGGCAUUUACCCCUACUUCAAGCUAGCCUGCAUGCUGUUGUUCGCACUUGUAUUGCAGCGGCCUCAUGCAAGAAUUCUUCGUGUAAUUGACUACAUUGGUAAAUUUUCCUUCCUGGACACGUUUGUGAUGUUUAUUAUGGUGACCGGACUGCCGAUCCAGGGUGUCGCGGACGUUAUCAUACUGCCGUCCUUUUACAUAUUUUUCGGGGCCACGAUCGCCAGUGUGUUGUUAGGCAACUGCACGGUGCUGCUUUGGCGGCGUGGUACGACUCUGACGAAAUGUGGUGAAGGUGUCCCGGGCCCUCACAGUGAUGAUGAUAAGGUACCUGAAGGAUCACAGGGAGGCAUUUCUAACCCGCCAUACGUCGAUGACAAAGCGCAGCUAUCUUCCGAGCAUCCCAUGACUACAUCUGACAACUCUUACUCCGCCAUAACGGUACGCCCCGAGAUCAAGAAGACCACGAUAAAGGAGCGAUGGUACAUCAACAUCAUUAUCUUCUGCGUCAUGCUUGGCUGCUUUCUCCCCGCGUGGUUUGUGCCGUGUUUACGUUAUCGUGUGGGUGGAGUUGCACCCCUGAUCACGCCCGAGUACAAGGAGUUCAACCUGUACCAGCUUUCAAAGGCGGUCAAUCCAUUCUGUUUUGUUGUCUCUCUCAUUGUCCUUUUGAUUGCCCCCUGUGGGUACGCGUUGUCGAGGAGAUGGCUCACGUUCUUGGCGUCGUGGUUUGCCGUUGAUGCGUUUCUGCUUGCCUGUAUCGCUGGCCUCUUACAGCUCAACCAGUUUGUGCAAUUUAUGUUGGGGUCGAACAUGGAGGACUUAUACACGGCGCACGCCACAUUUCUUUGGCCCCUUAUGCUGCUUCUAGUAGGGUCAGUGCUGCAAUGGGUACUGGAGGCGGUUAAGUCCUAA